AUGGAGGUGAAAGGAGGUGGGCGUGCCGGCACUCCCGGAAGUGGAGGCAGAUUGGGGCGAUUGAUGGCGGCUGUGAUGGCGGCGGUGACAGGCGGCGCAGCGGCCGGAGCGGCUCGUUCCCUAUCACGGUUCCGGGGCUGCCUGGCCGGGGCGCUCCUCGGGGACUGUGUGGGGGCCGUCUACGAGGCUCACGACGACGUUACCACGGCGUCACUGCUGAGUCACGUGGGCAGCCUGGAGCCCGAACCUGGAGCGAAGGGGAGCGCGCGCACAGAGGCCCUGUACUACACAGAUGACACUGCUAUGACCAGAGCCCUGGUGCAGUCCCUGCUGGCCAAGGAGGCCUUCGAUGAGGUGGACAUGGCCAAGAGGUUUGCCCAGGAGUACAAGAAAGAUCCUGAUCGAGGCUAUGGUGCUGCAGUGAUUACUGUGUUCAAAAAGCUGCUGAACCCCAAAUGCAUAGACGUCUUUGAGCCAGCUCGGGCUCAGUUCAAUGGGAAGGGUUCCUAUGGCAAUGGGGGUGCCAUGCGGGUGGCUGGCAUCUCCUUGGCCUACAGUAACACCAAAGAUGUUCAGAAGUUUGCCCGGCUCUCAGCCCAACUCACCCACGCCUCCUCGCUGGGCUACAAUGGUGCCAUCCUGCAGGCUCUGGCUGUGCACCUGGCCCUUCAAGGAGAAUCGUCCCGGGAGCAAUUUCUCCAACAGCUUUUGGACCACAUGGAAGAGGUGGAGAAUGAUGACCGGUCUCUAUCGGAAGCGAGGGAGCUGGGCAUGGAAGAUCGGCCGUACUCGAACAAACUGAAGAAGAUCGGGGAGUUCUUGGAGCAGGGCUUAAUGACCAAGGAGGAAGUCUUGUCUGAGCUUGCCUCCAGAGGACGCUCAUCUACUCCAUCUCCCUGGGGGGGGACACCGACACUAUCGCCACUAUGGCCGGGGCCAUUGCUGGGGCCUACUAUGGCAUGGAGCAGGUUCCAGAGAGCUGGCAGCAAAGCUGUGAGGGCUACGAAGAGACUGAUGUGCUGGCCCGGAACCUGCAUCAGCUCUUCAGCAAGGACCUGUGAGGGUUGUUGCCGGUGUACAUUCAGGUAGCAGCACUUGGCUGGGAGCAAGCCUUGGGGCCUCCUGUGCUUACAGGCCUGCCUCCUGAAGUAUGGGGCCUUGUGUGGUGAAUGAGAAUGGGGGAUGGGAAGAGGGAUCCUGUAUUUCAUUGGUGAGUGGUAUAGGUAUGGCCCUCUGGUAUGGCCACAUACGGUAUGGCCCGUACGAUGGUGGGACCUCCAGAUCCCCAGAGCUAGAUCCUCAGGCCUCACAGGAGACCUACGUGACUAAGGCAGAAACAGGUCUGAACUGAAAAGAGAAAUUCCUGACUCUUGGCAGGGAUGGAAGAUAAUUGAAACCAUGGGUCUGGUGAGGUAGAUGUGGUCUCUGGAAUCCUAUUCCUUAGUCUCAGUAGGUUUGCUUUCCUGGACUGGCCAAGCCUGACUCACUGCCCAGAGACCUUAAAAGUCUUGAAGUUGUUAGUUUGGGGAACUCUUGGACCCCAAAGAAGACCUCUUUGCCUGGUUGAGGUAACAGCUCUAUUAGGGUGGGCACCCACUAUGGCUUCCUCUGGAUAUCAUGCAGCCUCCCAAUAAAGUUACUGGCAGACUUUUCUACA